AUGAAACCUAAUAUUUAUAAAAUUAGGAUAUUAAGAGGUGUUGGAUAAUGUGAAAAUUUUCCUCAAGUAGUUAUUUUUGGCAAAAUUCAUAUGUUCUUCUUAAUUUAAUUCAUUCUAUCUCCUUUAAAUAUACUUGAAUUUUAGGAUAACAUUAAUUAUUUUAGUUAUAAAAAAUGUCCUAAAAGAAAAAAAAAAGGGAAGUAAGACCUAAUAGAGUUGCUUGGUCUGCUUGAAGACGACAUAGAAUAAUAUCUAAAUCAAUAAUCAAUCUUUAUUAAAAUUUUUUUCCAAGCAUGGCUCUAUUUCAAAAGUAUUCCAAAAUAAUGAAAUAUAAUAUAAUAGAUUUUAAUAUUCGAAAGAGGUUAGCUUUAAACAAAAGUAUUUAUAGAAUAUGAUGAAGUUGAUUCAGCUAUUGAUGCCAUCAAGUAAGGAUUAGCUUUUAAUGUAGAUUUCUGAAUAACACAAAAAUCUUUAAUUAAAUUUCAUGCAAUGUUAAUCAUUCUAGAUUGAAAUAACUAAAGCUUGAUAUUGUACCAUAUACUAAGGGUCUUGAUUUUACUAACCCUCCUUCUAGCACUAAUGAUUAAGUCGAUACUAAUUGUGAAUAGGAAGAGAUAACUAAAAUCAAUGAAUGGGAAGAUUAUUAAUUUGAGAACGAUUCUACAGAGGAGGUUUAUGAUGAAGAGGAAACUUAAUUUUCAGAAGAAAAAAUGAUAGAUAUAAAAUCUAAACUCAAUUAAAUAGAUGAAGAAAUCAAUAAAACUAUUGAAACUAAAAUUGAUAAAGCUUUGGAUAGACUACAUUAAAAUACUAUUUGUAUUUAAGUUUUAAUCACUUAUGAUAUACUAAAUGAUUUAAAUUUUAUUAUCAAAAUAUUUUGUCACUUUGGAUAAAUUGUAAUUUUUUCGACUAAAAUUUAGAAGUAUUUAAAGUAAAGCUAAAUAUAUUUAUACAUCAAAUAUGGUUCCAAUCAUGAAUGUUAAAAAGCAUUUUAAUUGCUUAAAGAAUAUUUAGAAAUAAAGCUUUAAUAUAAUUUUGAAAAUCUAAAUGGUAAAUUAAUCCAGCCUAAUAAUUAAAAAAUAUCGAUAAUUAAUCAACCCUCUAAGAACUUUUCUAGUCAUACAAAAUUAUUAAGUAAUAGAACAAGGCUUUAAUAUAAAUCAAAUAAUAAAACAAAUGAGAUAUUCAAAAUUUAUAUUUCUCUCUUUUAUAAAUUAUUAUUUAUUAAGAACGAAAUUUUCUUUUUAAUUAUUAAAAAAUAUUAUAGGAAAUUAUUGUAAAUUACUACAAUCUCCUAGUACUUCUAUUUUUGA